GGCCCCACGGAACCGGCGCCAUUGCUGGAUGUGUUCCCGCCCUGCUCUGCGAGUGCCCUCAGUUGUCCACAGUUCCGCAGCCAGAUAUGUCUUGGUAGAACUCCACUCCUCCUAGGGAGGGGAACAAAGAGGAGAAUAUAAUGGCUGCUGUGCUUUCUUCAGUUGGACCUCUGCAUCCUGAAGUUUCCCAGCCAGGUGAAGAGCUUCUUUGUCAAGUAGAAGAACCAGAAUUGGUAAAGGAUUCAGUGACAUUUAAAGAUGUGGCUAUAGACUUCACAUUGGAAGAAUGGAGGUUGAUGGACCCUACACAGAGGGACCUGCACAAGGAUGUGAUGCUAGAGAAUUACAGGAAUCUUGUAUCCCUGGGGCUUGCAGUUUCCAAACCAGAUAUGAUAUCUCAUUUGGAGGAUGGAAAAGGACUAUGGGUAGUAGUGAGAGAAAUUUCAACAAGCCCCUAUCCAGAGUUGGAGACCAAACUAGCAACCAAGAAUGCUAUACUAACAGAAGAUAACUCUGAAGAUUUAUCACAGGAGACAAUAAUGGAGAAACUCACAGAAAACGGCCUAUGGGACUCCAGAAUGAGAGGAUUGUGGAAAUGGAAUGACAGGAUAUUGAGACUGCAAAAUAGUCAGGAGAGUCAGAGCCAAAGAAUAGUUACACAUAAGAAAAUUCCCACUGGUCAGAGAGGUGUUAGAUUUGGGUCUAUUUUUUGUCCAGAAGAGCUCCGCAGCAAAUGCCAAACACAUGAGGGAAAUUUCACAGGAAAUUUAGAUUUGAAUAAAGAUAAAUUGGGGAAGAAAAAUUGCAAGGAUACAGAAGGCCACAAAGAAAUAAGGCCUACUUCAGAACUUACUUUAGGGAAAAAACUCAAUGAUAAAGAAAAACCCUAUAAAUGUAGUAUAUGUGAAAAGGCCUUUCGUUAUAGGUCGUUACUCACUCAACAUCAGAGAACUCACACUAAAGAAAAACCUUAUGAGUGUAAUGAAUGUGGGAAAAUGUUUAGCCAGCCUUCUUAUCUUAGUCAACAUAAAAAAAUUCACACUGGAGAAAAACCGUAUAAGUGUAAUGAAUGUGGAAAGGCCUUUAUUGCUUCUUCAUCACUUAUGGUACAUCAGCGAACUCAUACUAAGGAGAAACCUUAUCAAUGUAAUGUCUGUGGAAAAUCUUUUAGCCAGUGUGCACGCCUUAAUCAGCACCAGAGAAUUCAAACUGGAGAGAAGCCCUAUAAAUGUAGUGAAUGUGGGAAAGCUUUUAGUGAUAAAUCAAAACUUGCACGACAUCAAGAAACUCACAAUGGAGAGAAACCCUACAAAUGUAAUGAUUGUGGGAAAGCCUUUAGGAAUAAGGCAUAUCUUAGUGUACAUCAGAAGACCCAUACUGAAGAGAAACCAUAUAAAUGCAAUGAGUGUGGGAAAUCCUUUAAGAAUACCACAAUUUUUAAUGUUCAUCAGAGAAUUCAUACUGGAGAGAAACCCUUUAGAUGUAAUGAAUGUGGAAAAGCCUAUAGAAGUAAUUCAAGCCUUAUUGUACAUAUAAGAACUCAUACUGGAGAAAAACCCUAUGAAUGUAAUGAAUGUGGGAAAGCAUUCAAUCGUAUAGCAAAUUUCACAGAACAUCAGAGAAUUCAUACAGGAGAAAAACCUUAUAAAUGUAAUGAGUGUGGGAAAGCAUUCAUUAAUUAUUCAUGCCUUACAGUACACUAUAGAAUGCAUACAGGAGAGAAACCUUAUAAGUGUAGUGAAUGUGGAAAGGCCUUCAUGCGUUCUUCAUCUCUAAUAAUACAUCAGCGAAUUCAUACUGAAGAGAAACCUUAUCUAUGUAAUGAAUGUGGGGAAUCUUUCAGAAUAAAAUCACAUUUAACUGUACAUCAGAGGAUUCAUACUGGAGAGAAACCAUAUAAGUGUACUGACUGUGAGAAGGCAUUCACCAAAAUGGUGAAUCUCAAGGAGCAUCAGAAAAUUCAUACUGGAGUGAAACCCUAUAAAUGCUGUGACUGUGGAAAAUCCUUCAGGACGAAGUCAUACCUUAUUGUACAUCAAAGGACCCAUACUGGAGAAAAACCAUAUAAAUGUAAUGAAUGUGAGAAAGCUUUUACUAAUACAUCACAGCUUACUGUGCAUCAAAGAAGGCAUACUGGAGAAAAACCCUAUAAAUGUAAUGAAUGUGGGAAGGUUUUUACAAGUAACUCAGGAUUUAAUACCCAUCAGAGGACACAUACUGGAGAGAAACCAUUUAAAUGUAACGACUGUGGGAAAGCAUUUAGCCAGAUGGUACAUGUCACAGAACAUCAGAAAAUCCAUAGUGGGGAGAAACCCUAUAAAUGUGAUGUAUGUGGAAAAGCCUUCAGGAGGGGUUCAUACCUUACAGUGCAUUGGAGAACACAUACUGGAGAAAAACCCUAUACAUGCAAAGAAUGUGGGAAAGGUUGUAUUACUCUAUCACAGCUAACUCUACAUCAGAGAAUUCAUACUGGGGAGAGGCCCUAUAAAUGUGAAGAAUGUGGAAAAGCCUUCAGAACUAACUCAGAUUUUACUGUACAUUUGAGGAUGCAUACUGGAGAAAAACCCUAUAAAUGUAAUGAAUGUGGAAAAACUUUUAGGAGUAGCUCAAGCCUUACUGUACAUCAGAGAAUACAUCAGAGAGAAACUCAGCUAAUAUAAAUAAUAGAUCAUUCAUCCAGAUGUCUACUCAAGAAUAAUCAUAAUCUAUGUGUUUAAUGAAUGUGUGACUUUCAGAAUCAAUUUGCCAGGAAAUACACACAGAAAAGAUACUCUACAAACAUAUCAAUGUGGAAAAGCACUUAAUCAUAUUAAAUCUUAGAAGUUGUAAAAAAAUUCACAAUAGAGUACAGUAAUAGACGAAUGAAAGCCUUCACCCAGAUUUCACACUUUAUUCAUUUAACAGAUUAUUUUCAAUGGAUUGCCUAUAUAUAUUUGCCUAUUUUUCUAUUGUUUGUCAAAUAAAUUUGGAGUUGCUCUUUAUAUAUGUUAGAUAUUAAUUCCUUUGUCAUGUGUUUUGCAGAUGUUUUUCUUAAUCUAGCAUUUGUCUUUAUAAUUUUUUAUAUAGUAAAAAAAUUUACCACAUUUUUUUCUGUCUUUUUUCUUAAUUUACUAUUUUAGUUAAAAGGGUCUUCUUAAUUCCUAGGUUAUACAUAGUGUCCUAAAUUUAUUUCUAAGAUUUUGAUCAUUUUAUUUUUUACAUUGAAGUCUUUAACCCAUCUGGACUUGAGUGCUAUUGAUAGAAGAGCAACUCCAAAUGGCCAUUAACCUAUGAAAUAUUAUGAGCCUAAACAGUAGUACUCAGGGAAAUGCAAAUUAAAACAUCCAAUGAUAUCAUCACUUUCCCUUCAUGGAGUUAGCCAAAUUAAGAGAUCUUUUACUAGUGAGGUUUAGGAAAUCAUGUACUCUCACUAAAAGGUUAUACCAAUUUCUAUUUUCACCAGCAAUCCAAUUUUAAAAUAUUUAAUAUUUGAGAAAUAAAAAAAUGCUUUGACUCAGAAGUCUGUCCCACAGAGAUAAGAGCAUCAGUGAAUAAGAGCACACAAAUAAGGAUAUUUGUUUAAGUAUAGUUUUGGAAGCAAAGAAGAAACCCAACUGGAGACAAAAUGAAAGGCCACUAACGGGAAUGGUUGGAUGAAUUGUGAUGUACCCUGAUACAUGUAAUAGCAUGAGAGUAAUUUUUAAAAUGAGUUAUAUCUACAAGCUGACCUCAUUUUCCCCACAAUUUUUGAUAAAUCACUGCUUUAAUACAGAUAUGUGUAUGUAUACUAUUUCAUUUUUGUUAAACACAAAUUUAUAUGUUUAUGUGUGUAUGUGAUUAGAUGAACAUGGAAACAGGUAUGAAAGAAUAUACACCAGACAAUUAACAUUGGUUAACUUGGAGGAGAAAAGAAGUAGGAGGGUAAGUAAGGGAAAAGAUGGGAAAAAAGAGAAAUUUUAAGAGCAGCAUGUAUGGUAUAAAACUGUAAAACUAUUUCUGUGAACUUUGGGAGCCAUAAGUGAAGGGAUGGUCUCCAAAACUUAAUGAUGGUUGUUUCACAGUUGGUGGAGUAUCAGCUGUUUUUUGUUUGACUUUUCUGCACUUUGCUAUAUUUUUAAGUUUUUCUUUACAGUGAGCAUGAAAAACCUAUUUUUCUUGUGAAGCUAAUAUUUUAGACACAUUAUGCCAGAAAUCAUCCUGGGUGCUAAAUAUACAUUGGUGGGGGAGGAUGGUCAUGGAUUUAAGAACACAGGAAUUGGUUUUGAUGGCUGCCUAAAUUCCAAAGUUACCCAGCACCUCACCUCCCCACCCCAUGUGUUUCAUUUAGAGAAGGUAAUAUAAGUUGUAUAUAGAUGGAAAACAUCCAAGAAUAUCUAGACAUAUUCAGGUUGUAGAAAAGAAGACUCCAAGCCUCAGAAGUUCCACUUUCAACAUUGUGCCAAGUAAAGGCCACAGUGGUAAAAAGUUCUGGGUAUAGCCUCACAGAACAUUGGAGUACAGAGAGUGGGAAUAGCCAAGGACUCCCAAGUCCACAAAUGAAGGCUGGGAAUACUACGAGAGACCUGAAGUCAAAGUGGGAAUCCAGAAGCCAAGGAUCUGAUACCAGAAGGCUCUAACAGACCAUGAACCUGAUACCCAAAAAGAACAAGACAAGACAUGAUGAGCUAUGCUUGAGUGGAGACUGAAGGAAAGAAAAUCAAAUGUUUCUCUUAAUGAUGUAUACUAUACAUAAGUGUCUAUUUAAUAUUGUGGAGGGAAUAUUGAAUAAGUGAUAUGUGCUAUCUCCCAUUAUAAAUGAAUAUUUGACAUUGUGGUUAAAAUGACCAUUUCUGAUUGAAUUUUAAUAGUGAGAUUUAUUAACUAUUACCAAGACUUACCUUCUUUGGAUAUAAUGUACCAGUUUCUGAUCAGAAAGUUUGAGGAUUAGACCUUGAAAUACCACUCAAAAAACCCUGCUAUCAUUACAGAAUAAUCACAGGCAUGUACAGCACAGUAUGGGAAAUAUGGUCAAUAAUAUGGUAAUAACUGUUUGGUGUCAGGUAACUAGAAUUAUUGGCAGGAUCACCUCAUAAGUUAAGUAAAUAUCUAACCACUGUGCAUGGCACCUGAAACUAGUAUAAUAUUGAAUGUCAACUAUAAUUGAAAAAUAAA